AUGUACCGCCUCAUUGCACCUUGCAAUUCCUACCCGACCGUGAGCAGAGGUGAUUCUCGUACCUGCUUGGCAAGAACCGACACGAGCGACGUCACUAAUGAACGUACGCUACUCCCAGUCGUGGUCGCUCGUGGUUUGAGGGCUUGCACAUGGCGACCCGUUCCGUGGUCUGGCUUACCCCUCGCCAUGGCCAACGCAGGCGGACCGGACAUCCCUUUCGAUCCGUUGCAACCUGCCCUGGACGCGUGGUCAGACGCGUUCAAAGAAGGGCCUCAUAGUACUUAUCUCAUGAUAGAUAGGUUGAGAGAAUCACUUGAUCUCAGCGAUAAGGAUCUCGUCGAGGCACCGGGAGAACUCGGCAAGUGGUCCAAGGAGGCAUUCACAGAAGAGGACUGUUUCAACGGGCCCUUCAGAGACACAUGGUGCUUGCAGACCGGCAGAUGCACCUCUUUCGCCGUGAAGGUAGCGAAUCGAUUGGAAACAGCAUACCCUUAUGUCUUUCAAUUCCGGUACUUUGAUCUUGCUGGAAGGCACCGUGUGGCCCGCUGCGAAAGUACGGGAGUGUUGAUUGAUUCCGACUAUAAUGGAGCAGCUAUUCAGCCACUCAAUGCGACAUGGGAGAGCCGCCGUUUGGGAGUGACGGGACGGUGGAGGGAGCAUGGUAAUGUUUCUAGAUUUGAGAGCCAAGGGCAGGCAUCACGCUCAAUUCAGACGUGGCAAGCAAUGGGUACUUGCCUCGAAGAUGUGGCGCGUAAGGCAAUGGCUCUAUGUUACUUCCGCCGCUCAUACAUGCGAGAUGGUGUGCAGCCCGCUCGAAUUUCCAACCUGCGCCACCCUAGCAGGCUAAUCAGUGUUCGCGACCACCCUCCUUUGGUGGCAGCGGGUGGGGGUAGAGACCAGCUGUUCAGGAAGUUGAGCCUCAUCGCGGGCCGUUUCGCCCGUGCAGUGAUUCCCUCUGUUGCGCUGAACUCGGCAAGUGUAUAUAUAUAUCUCCCUGCCGCUGGUUCACACACCACGGGAACCUUCUCCCUCAACGGCCAGAAGACCUUGAAGGAAUUCCUAGAACGACACGACUUGCAGACUAGCGAGCAGGAAACAUGGGCCGACAGUCCGUGUUACGAUAUCGCAUGGAAUCCUUCCUUGGAUGCACACCUCGAACGGUCCAAGAAUCUCGCAGAUCUAAACCAAGACCUGCCAACAACUCUUCCUUCGGGUUACCCCAAAGUCAUUGAAUCUGGGCGUGUCUGGUCCGGGGCUGACUUUGAGGAUGACAUGGCUUACACUCACAAAUUGGAAGCGCAUGAUCUGGAAGAGAUUUCUGCCGCAGUCACACAUUUUCUUGCUCGAUCAGACAAUCCCCACGUCGAUGAGGUCUGCCCUGAAACAUUCAGACUGCCAAAGCUUGAGUCCAAGCUCAGAGACUUGACAAAGACGAUCCACGGAGGAGCUGGGUUUUGCGUUAUCCGUGGUCUAGAUCCUCACGCCUUUUCGCCACUUGAGCGCGUCAUUGCGUACGCUGGCAUCACUUCCUACAUUGGCAACACCCGAGCUUGUCAAGAUUCAGGCGGGAGCAAGAUCAUUCACAUCAAGGAUCGUGGGCGUACAUUUGAGGGUGCCGAAAUGCGGCAAGCUCCAUAUUCCAAUGUUGCUCAGCCCUUUCACAGUGAUGUUUGCGAUAUACUUGCCAUGUACGUGCAAGAGACAGCUGCAGACGGAGGGCACUUCAAGAUUGCCUCCUCUGGGAAAGUGUACAACGAGAUCGCACGACACCGACCAGAUUUGAUACAUAUGUUGUCAAAGGAUUGGAUCUUCAACAAGUUUUCUACUACAACACCAUCGUGGGAAAGUCGCCCUGUGCUCUUCAACUUUGGUCCCGUUCAUGGGCCCAGCUUUCAAUUCUCGCGCCGCCCACUUACCGGUUCACCUGUCGCGCCCUGGACACCAGGAGUACCCAGGAUGACACAAAGACAGGCUGAAGCUCUCGAUGCAGUGCACUUCACGGCUACAAGGCACCAGCUUGCGAUACAGGCCGAGCGAGGAGACAUCAUUCUCGUGAACAACCUCGCUAUCCUCCACGCUCGCGAUGCCUUCAUGGACUCUGCAAAGAAACAGAGGCAUAUCAUGCGCAUGUGGCUCAGGAACGAAGAGCUAGCUUGGCCAACACCCAACGCCCUGCAAGCUAUCUGGACACAGAAUUAUUCCAAGGAUUCACCGUGGCACAAGUCAUCUGUCUGGCACCUGGAGCCGCCCACUGUCCCGAAGAGACUGAUCUUCCAGAAGUUCUUGUGCUCCUGA